UCACUCUCAGCUGAGCUGCCGACACCUUGCCUUGCUACACACUUUACUAGAUACCUCCUACGAUGUCUCUCAAGACAUAUCUCGCUGAGAAAUACAUGUCUGGUCCGAAAGCGGACGCGAUCCUCUCGAAAUCGGCCCAGCCCAAGAAGAAGAAACGCAAGACCACCGCGUCCACGUCCGCCGCAAGCACAAGCGCGUCGUUCAUCAAGGAUGACGACCUUAUGGGAUGGGGAGAUGCGCCGCGUGACGAUGAAGACGAAACGGAAGACGCAGUGGUAGCCGCAGACCGCCGGUUCAAGAAACGGCAGAAGACGGACACGGACGCGGGCUGGCAAACAGUGCAGGAGGGCGCGGGGGGCAGCAAGACGCCACCUCCCCCAGAGGACGAACAGCCGCAGGUCGUGGAACCGGCCUUUACUGGUGGGCUGCUCACGUCUGCGCAGCUCAAGAAGAAGCUGCCUAAGCACCGGCCGGAGAAGAGGACUGCGGAGGAGGCGGAGGCGGAUCGGGCGGCUGCGCAGGAGACGGUGUACCGUGACGCGUCGGGGCGGAAGGUUGAUGUUGCGGCAGAGCGUGCAGAGGCGGCGCGGCUGAAGCGCGAGCGCGAGGAGAAGGAGGCGAAGAAGAUGGAGUGGGGAAAGGGUCUCGUGCAGCGGGAGGAGGCUGAGAAGCGGCGGAAGGAGGAAGAGGAGAUGCGUACCCGGUCAUUCGCGAGGACGAUCGACGACAAGGGCUUGAACGAAGACUUGAAGGCGCAAGACCGGUGGAAUGACCCUGCUGCAGCGUUCUUGACCAAGAAGAGAUCGAAGGGUCCCCGCAAGCCCGAAUAUUCUGGCCCCCCACCACCACCCAACCGCUUCGGCAUCAAGCCGGGAUACCGGUGGGACGGCGUCGAUCGCAGUACCGGCUUCGAGAAGAAAUACUUCCAGAAGCAAAACGAGCGACGACGCCGCGGCGCCGAGAGCUACGAAUGGAGCGUGGACGACAUGUAGACGUGCCGCCGCGCCGGAGAUACCUCCCCUCUAUCAACCGGACCCUGCCAUCCCCUCAUCUCAUUUCAUGUACCAUAGCCACAUCUAUACACCAUUACUGAGCAGAACUACUUUCGACUCAGCCACGCCC